GCCAGAAAUCCAUUUUCGCCCACUGGCUAGACAUGCCAUCCAUCGACUGCGAGUCCAAGCACGCGGCCGACGAUUUGGACAAUGCGUCCGACUACACGAGCGACGACGGCAGCGACACCGACUCCAGGCAUGGCGCACCGUACGGCCCGCGCCUGACAUCUCGGCGCAACACAGUCAUGGCGACGCCGUUGCAUCUGGAACGAGGAUGGACGCCUCCGCAGUACCCAAAGAGCGCAAGCGACCGCGCCGACAUCCGCCAAACCAUUCGACACAACUGCCUCUUCGCCAACUUAGAUGAACAAGCCAUGUCCGUCAUGAUCGAUGCCAUGCAGCGGUUCCAGUUCAAGCGAGGCGCGGUACUCAUUCAUCAAGGCGACGAAGGCGAUCAAUUCUUCGUGCUGGCGUCUGGGUCCGCUGAUGUCUAUAUUGACGGCCACCGUGUCGGGGGAUUGGAAGCCGACACGACGACCAACUUUUGCGGAGAGCUUGCCCUUCUCUACGACUCGCCACGAGCGGCCACAAUCAAGGCAACCUCCGAUAUCGUUGCUUGGGGCCUCGAUCGCGUCACGUUCAAGAAGGUGCUCAUGGACACAACCAUCAAGCAGCGAAAGCUCUACGAAGCGUUCAUCGACGAAGUGCCCAUCUUGUCCGAGCUGACCAAGUAUGAGCGCCUGACACUUGUCGAUGCCCUGCGACCAGUCUUCGUCGAAGAGGGUCAGUUGAUCUUGGAGGAAGGCAGCCAGAGCAAUGACUUUUACAUCAUUUCGGACGGCGAAGUCACAUGCACCAAACGCGGCGAAGAGGUGUCGAGGCGACUGGGCAGUGGCGAUUACUUUGGUGAGAUCGCACUCCUCAGCGACGAAGUUCGGCAGGCCACGGUGACGGCCGCGCGAGACACCACGGUCCUUGUUGUAGACCGCAGCACCUUCAAACGGCUCUUGGGUCCUCUCGAAUCCAAACUGGCCAAGAACGUCGAGCUGUACGACCAAUAUGUCCGCCAGCGAAAGUAGAAGCAUCCCAUCUUCGCCACGUUAAGGAAUGAGUCUCUUUGCUCACCGCCCACGCAACGUCAUCAGUCCGCCGCACGUUCAUCCGCUCGUAGCGCCGCCUUCGACGGACUUGCUCUACCAUCGCUGGUGUGAUUGCCACAACUCUUUUGAACGGAAUGCAAUCGUGUGCAGCCAUUCCAAGGUGCUGCCGCUACACAACAACAUUGACGCCUUUCAUGUAAAGCCG